GCUCUACUUAAAAAAUUACCCACAAUACAGUUCGUACUAACGACAUUCCAAGGCCCGAUGGCGGACGAUUCGGACGAGGAACGAGCAAAGGGCAGAGUAAUACAAAACCAACCAUACGACGAAGCCCUAGAAAUCCCUGACGGUGAGGAAGUGGCGAGCACAUACUCCCCUACACCAAGAGUAAACCCAGCAGGAGCCGGCAAACUGGCGCUAACACGCCCUCAAGGACCAGAACGAGGAAAAAGUGUUGGAUCCAUGGAGUCCAAUUUAUCAGGAAACAAUUCAGAGGAGGAGGACGAGGAGGAGGAGGAAGAUGACGAAUUUCCAGACGAUAUGGGACAAAUGGGACAGAUGGGACAGAUGGGACAAAUGGGACAGAUGGGACAAAUGGGACAAAUGGAACCGUUGGGACAAAUGGGACAAAUGGAACCGUUGGGACAACGGAGUCAACAGCAGCGUGGCCCACCUGGUAGCCUGCAGGGUCAAGGGGGACAACAGCAGCAACAACAGUUUAACUCAGAAGACGAGGAAACGGACUCAUCUGACGAAGACGAUGACGACGAAGACGAUGAUGAUGAUGACGAUGAUGAUCAUGCACCAUUAGAAGGAGCGUAUGAUCCCGCUGACUAUGAAAACCUCCCUGUCACACCGGAGAUCAAGGAAUUGUUCCAGUAUAUUACAAGGUAUACCCCCCAGUCCAUUGAGUUGGAACAUAAGCUGAAGCCGUUCAUCCCAGACUUUAUUCCAGCUGUUGGGGAUAUUGACGCCUUUAUCAAGAUUAUUCGCCCUGACAGCAAGCCAGACACCCUGGGUCUGAACGUGUUGGACGAGCCAUGUGCCAAACAGUCUGAUCCAACUGUCCUUGACCUUCAACUCCGCGCUAUCUCCAAACAGACGACAGAUAAAAAAGUGGUUGUGAAGAGUUUAGAGUCUGCUGAGAAAAAUCCCAAACACAUUGACAGCUGGAUCGAGAGUAUCCGCGAGCUAAGGCGUAUCCAGCCUCCCCCGAAUGUACAUUACUCUAAAAAUAUGCCUGAUAUAGACACACUUAUGCAGGAAUGGCCUCCUGAAUUUGAAGAAUUACUGAAAGAGGUUGGACUGCCCACUGCUGAGCUGGACUGUGAUCUUCCAGAGUAUGUGGACCUAGUGUGUUCUAUACUGGAUGUGCCGAUAUACAAAGGUUCUCCGCAUCGUAACGAGAGGGUGCUAGCUCUCCAUGUAAUCUUUACUCUCUUCUCUGAGUUCAAGAACUCCCAGCAUUUUCGAACACUGGCAGAGGAAAAUAAACUAGACAACAAUUUAAAGGAAUCGGAUGGUUUUGGAGCGGGAGGCGGGAUGGACGACAACAAGCUAACAUUUUGAUACUGAUCAGUACAUCAUCAUAGAUCAUCGUAGUGAAGUUCACACCCCUUUAAUUUCAAACAGUUCUACAUUUUAUAAAUUAGAAAUUGUAAGAAGAAAAGUAUGGAAAGGUGAAUUUCAAAUGUUCCAGUCAAAGUAUGGAAGACUUUGAUCGAAGUAUUCUUGAGACAUUGUGUAGGUUACACAGACUAUAAUAUGAACUUGUGAAUCUGUUUACUAAACAGACAUGAAGGACACAUCAUGGACCAAGUUGUGUAAUACAAGCUUUUUUUCGCCCUUCGGGACUGGUUGUGAUAACUUCUAAUUUAUAUUACUGUUACAAAAAUAUUACUUCCUUUGCAAAUUAAAAUUAUCACUUUUUCAAUCUUAAUUAUUUUACAGAACUUGUCAUAGCUUUGCCGUGAAAUGAUAAUGAUGUUUCAAUUAAAUUAUGUAACAUUAAAAAAGAAGUUCCGUCCGUUUCUUUAAUGUGAUAAUGCAUCAAUGAAGUUUUAAAUAUUUUUAUGAACCCUUUGAUGAUGUAAAGGAAGUAUAACAUUAAAUUCUCACCGUCCACUCCCGAGAGAAAUUUGUUAAAACUUUAAAAACUGAGAUGAUUCUGUGCAUGUGGGCAAGACAUCAUUAUUUUUCUGAAUGAAAAUCACGAAUUGUUAUUUGUCUUACUUGAUAAGUUUAAGAUGUAUAUUUUAUAUUUAUUGAAAAGAUCUGAGCUGUCAUUUGAAGAAAUGACAAAUAAAAAAUUGUACAAAUA